CUCUUUUUCCCUCCAUGGCGUGUGCUUUGCAUACGCAUAGCCACACGGCUUUACAGCUAUUCUCACUUAUUAAUCUGGAAGAGAGAAGACGAAGGAGAUGAAAUGAAAUGUUAUUUGUAGUUCGUCUUGCGUUAGUUAGACACUAGACACUAGACUCAACACAACUUGGACUUCAUCCUUCCUCUUCAUUCUUAUUCCUCUCCUUUCUCUCUCUCUUUCUUUAUCUUCUCCUUACUUCAAUUUCUUCCCUUUUUCAUACAUUUCCUGACUGUCUCGUGUCUGGCAGUCGACCUCCUUUCUGAAUGCGUGUUGCUCAUCAUCACCAACAACAACAACAGAAACAGUAUCAGCAACAUAGUUUACUAAUAUCACCAUCGUCAACAAGUACACCAACAACAGUUACAUAAACUGCAACUGCAUCAGCAUCACUUCCACCUACACCUUGCAGUCCAUCCACCUUCAACAUUAUGCAUCCUCUUCAUCAUCAUCACCAACAGCAUCACCAACAAAAUAAUCAUCAUCAUCAUAAUCAUCACCAGUCUCAUCCCACUAAUCAACAAUCAUCCAUGGCAUCUUCUAGUACAGGUGAUGUACUCAAUCGGAAAAGAAGACGAGGAAUGGUUGAGAAGAAGAGAAGAGAUCGAAUCAAUGCUUCUUUAAAUGAAUUAAGACGACUUGUUCCCGCUGCCUUUGAGAAACAAGGAUCAGCUAAACUCGAAAAGGCUGAGAUACUUCAAAUGACUGUUGAUCAUCUUCGCAUGUUACAUUCUAAAGGUUUUGAUACAUUUUCCUUUGAACCCAAUGCUUUUGCAAUGAAAUAUCACAAAAUUGGAUUUGAUGAGUGUUUUAAACAAGUUGACUAUUAUUUAUCUACCGUCGAGGAAAUGGAUCAUCAAAAUCCGUUGAGAUUUCGCCUUUCUACUCACCUUUCUCGUUAUUUAACUCAACGAGAAUCAGCUUUGAAAUUAGCAUCAACUGCUACUGUUUGGAAUCCUAGUGCAUUCACAACUCCAUCUCAGUUUCCACCACUUUCAAUAUCAACAUCAUCUACAACACCAUCAGGAAUGUCAGCAAUCCAAGCAAGUGCAUCAUCAACAUCCGCAGUUGGAUCAUCAACACCAUCAGCAUUAUCAACAACAUCAAGUGAAAAUAUUACCAUUUUAGGAUCAAGUUCAUCUCAUUACAAUAAUUCUGGGACAUCAAGCGAUGUUAAUAACAACACUGUGAAUAGCACCAAUUCAAGUAACAAUACUAAUCAACACAACACUUCAGCAGAUUCUGUAUCAUCAAAUAGUAUCUCAUCACCGUCCAUUAACCAGCAAUCUCCAAUAAAGUCACCAUCAUCACCUUGUCCACCCAUAUCAUCAACCCAGCAAUGCCAAACAAGUGCCUAUGGAACACCAAAUAUGCAACCGAUAUCUCAAAUGAGUUAUCCUCAUCAUCAUCCAGGAUAUCCUUCACCACACCAUCCACAUCAUUCUCACCACCCUCAUUAUCCUCCUCCACACUCUCAUCCCCACCCUCCUCCUCCUCCGCCACCGCCUCAUUCUUAUCCUCAACCCUAUCAUAAUGUUCAUCAGUAUAUACCUUCAGCUUAUCCACCUCCAUCAACCUCAUUCCCUGCUCCAAUUCAAGACCAAAAUCAAUUAACUACUGGUGUUAAAUAUCGCCCAUGGGAUGCCGAACUUGCUUAUUGAAAAUAUCAAAUUAUCAUUUCAAUUACAUAUCAUCGAAUUCUGAAUUCUAAGAUUCUUCAAGCUAAUUGCAACCUCAGCCAGUCAUUGCAGUUAGUCCAAUAAUUUGUCAAUAUUUAUAUUGACAUUAAUAUACAUUUUGUAUUUAUGAAAAGAUGAUUUCAUUUUCAAUUAUUUUUAUAACAAAUUUUAUACAUUUUUGUUUUCAAAAUUAUAUUUGCACCCGCCUUUAACUUCUAAGUCUAAUCGACUCUAGUCCAAAAUAAUAAUGAAAGCUCAUUCCAAAUUGUAAAUUAACUCUAUUCUAUCUGUUUUCCUUUGAUGAAAUGCCUAUUUUUUGAUUUCAUGUUUUCUGAAUAAAUAGUUUUCUAAGGUCAAUUGCUCCAAGUUUUUUCUUUACUUUACGGUUUACAUUCAACACUUUAAGGGAACACGUUGGACACUUCGAUGAGCUACUAUCCAAGUGGAAAUGAAUAAACAUCGAUUAAACAGUAGCUCACGUCCAUCACGAAAUUAACCGGAAUCCAAUAUUAAUCAAUAAUCAGUCAAGAAAUUGCUCACAGUUAACAUGAGACCAAAGUAAAGUCGGUAGCCGAUUGUGAACCAAUGAGAAAGAGGUUGUGAGAAAUUGUAAUAUCUAAUGAUUAUUUAAUUGUUAAAUCACAAAUCGACUCAACAGUUCUUCAAGUUUCCCUCCUGCUGAUCAGCAAUAGCAGUUAUAAGAAAAUCUUAAAGGGAAAUUCAUGGAAAUCAUAAAUUGAUCGUGGACUUUGUUAAAUGUCAAUCAGUAAGAGUUGAUUGUUGGACUAUUUGAUGAACACAACCAUAAUUAGAUAUGCAAUUAGUUACAACAAGGAAAACCGGUUGAUAAACAAUUAAGAGAGAGAAAUGAGAAACAGGCAAAGAGAAGGGAAAAAGGA